GACAGAUAACGGACCCAUUCUCGUUCUCUUCACUUUAGUGGUCGCCAGCAUAAAACCUCUGGCAUGCGUUUUAAUGGCAAAAAGAUACGCAAACAACAGUGAUGUAAGUCAUACAGAGAGGACGAACAUGAUGGUGAACGAUGUAGGAGCACACUGACCCUGUUAGUCGUCUCCCCUGCUCAGUCAACAAGAUGUCCCUGGCUCAAAGGGUGUUGUUGACCUGGGUCUUCACCCUGGUCUUCCUCAUCAUGCUAGUCCUCAAACUGGAUGGGAAGGUGCAGUGGAACUGGUUCCUCAUCUUCCUCCCGGUGUGGGUCUUCGACGGCAUCCUCCUCCUCAUGCUCACCAUCAAGAUGGCCGGCCGGUGCAAGCCAGGCUUCGACCCCCGCAACGGCUCACCAGACAUGCGUUUGCGCGCCUGGUACUUGGCGGCCAUGCUGCUCAAGCUGGGCUUCUGCCUGACCCUGUGUGCCAAGCUGGAGAGACUGGCCGAGGUGAAGCUCACCUUUGUGUGCAUUCCUCUGUGGACCAUGCUGCUAGGGGCGCUGGUGGAGCUGGGCUUCAACAUUUUUCCUGAGCGGAGAGAGGCCUAAAAGCUGCCAUUUGAAAACCUCACCAGACUUGGCACUGAAACUUGCAAGACUAGGGUGAACAAUACACUGGAAUAUUACAUUGUUAUAUUGUAUUUUGGUACCAACGUGUUUAGUACUGUAUUGCUAGUCCAUUAAUGCCAUACAAAUUAUUAAGUGCAAUCAAGCAUCCUUAUUAUUUUGUCCAAAGUCAAGUACUGUACUCUGUGGCUGAAGUUAUUUACAUUCUUGAGAGACUCAAGCCUAAAAUGUGACAUUCUGGAUAGAAACAUUGCAUUUUUCACAUUAAUUGCAUCAUUUUGCACUGUGCUGAUAAGUAAUUCAGAUGUUUUGCUAUUAUAAGUCAUCUUAUAUAAAAAUAAAAGAUGAUCCUCCUCUGAAAUUGUCAGAUUUUCUGCUAAAUGUGCACAUCCAUGUUAGCUCUACUAGCGGUGUACCCACAGCUCUGACUUUAGUGUUUAUGGCGCCUGUCCUUCAGGAACA